AUGCCCCGCGCGUCUCUUCGCAACAGACGGAAGAAUGCAGUGCAGUCGUCUGUAUCUUCCUCGCCGGAAGGCCGGGAGGGAACGUCUCAGCCUUCCGCUCCUGGCCCGCCUUCUGCGCCUCCCUCUUCGUCUCCCUCGCUCGCCUCCUCGUCCUCUUCGUCUUCCUCCGAACGGCCACGCAAGAACCCUGUAGGGCUGUCGCGCUUCGAGCUCUCCACGGCAGCUGAGAGCAGUCCAAGGGAAGCGACCGCGCGAGAGACACCGCCUUUUUCCGAGCCUCUCCGUCGUGCACAUCCUUCCUCUCAGCCUUCCUCUCUGGCGUCAGUCUCCUCUGCCUCGUCUGCUUCGUCUUGUUUCUCUUCGGUUCCCAUCUCGCUGUCUGGCUCUUCCGGGUCUUGCCUACCCCUUCUGUCUUCGUCACAGUUUGACGGCAACGCGUGUCUCUCGGAGGCGCGCGGGUCGGCGCCUUCGCCCUUUGCCUCGCCCGUGCGCGGAAACGGUGCGAAAGAGCGGCCUCCGGUUCCUUUGGCUGCGCUAUUGUCGCCUUCCCGCAGACUUGACGUCCCUCACCGCGAGUCCUGGCCCGCCAGUGUCGGCAGAGCCUGUCGAGAGAGGCUCUUGUCUUGUGUGCCUCGCUCGCUGUCCUCGCGAGCAGUCGCCAAUGAAGUCGCGUGUCAAGACGCAGGAGCGCGCGCCGACGACGGCCGUGGAGAGAAGCGCUCGCAAACGUCUUUGCCGUCCUCGCCCGUUCUCCGCGCCUCGUUUUCCUCCCCGGCUCCGUUUCCACAGACCUCGAUGGAUCCCUGCGCCUUGCCUUGUGGGCCCUCUUCUCUCCGGGCGCGAGAGAGACAGUGGAGUCGAGCUCUCAGCGACGGUGUGGGCGGAGGGCCUGACGACCAGUCCUUGUUUUCUUCCAUCUCGUCCGUCCUGGUCCCUCUCUGUCCGUCGCGGUAUCGGACGCCGCGCGCGCCGUUCGAAGAAGAGCGAGAUGCCGAGCACCUCGCGCGUUUAACUCUGCCGCCGUCUUUCGCUGCGUCUCCCCAGAGGCGCGAGAGAGACUACCUUUCCUUGCGUAUCCAACGCGCCAGCGAGAGCCUCAGUCGGAAGCGUCUCGCCUUCUCGUCUCCAGAGAGCGGAGGGAGUGCGGGGCCGGGUUGCCCGCUGGGGAAGGAGGAGAAACGGAGUUUCCUCUCGCCCGUUUUCGCGCCGCGCCCGUUCGAGAAGGAGAUGGAAGAGCGGGCGAAGAAGGAGGGGCUGUCCGGCCGGGAGAGGCGCAGCGGCGCGGACGGGAAACCGCCGGGAACGUCGAUGUCGCCACUCUUGUUCUACAGUGCUUCGAACCCAAAGGCGGCCGUGGAGACAAUGGUGCAGAGAGAGCGAGAGCCCCAGGCCGAGAAGAGCCUCGAGAGGGGAAGAAGUCCUGGCUCGCGAGCGCCCAAAGUCUCCUGGCUUUUUCAUCGGCGGGGAGAGCGCGAGGCAGAAUCGCGAACGCAGCUGGGAGAAGAGGAAAAAGAGAAUAAUCGACAAGAGGAGGGCGAAGAGAAUCCUGAGAAAGACAGAGAAGAGGGAGGAGGGAAAAAGAGCCGAGAGGGUGCGCAGCAAGCAGACGCGAGAGAGAACGAAGGACGAGGGACACCCAAGAGAAGGAAGCCUCUGGAAUUUGGGGACACUCGAGGACAGGCGGGCGCCGAAGGCAGAAAGGCAACGCUGCAGGAGCGAAGACCCACCGGAGCGUUUGCAUCCGCAAAGGACGUAGACGAGAGAGACGCUGAGCAUCUGACAUCUCCGAAGCCGCGUGCUCGCCUAGGAGACCGCGCAAAUGAAGCCGCCUGUUUUGACGCUGUCACGGAUCUGUGGGAGAGGGGAUUGCUGUCUCCGAAGGCGCCACGAGACCGGUCGCUGGGGUACGUCUCGUCGCCGCGGAAGUCUUGUCCCUCUUCUCCCGUGUUUCCCGUGAAGGUUGCGGGAGAGGAGCGCGCGGCUGGAACGGCGUGUUGUGAGAGGGGACCUCGUGAGGAAGAAAGGAAGGAGGCUGACGAGAGCGAAGACGCUUCGAGGAGCGAAGCGAAGCGCGUCUCGAGUGACAAAGACGAAAUUUACAUCGUCGACCGCCAAGCCCUAAAGUGGAUGGCCCCGUUCUGCACGGACGAAGAACAUGUGCUGACGCGCGCGCGCCGCCGCCGCAGCUCUGUGACCGUGCUCCACCGUCUGCAGGAGCACGGCAGAGGCGUCGCGUCGCUCUCGGCCCUUUCUUCGCAGGCCCUGGCUUCACAGGCGGUCUCCUCGCAGACCAUUUGUUUCUCUGGUGUGUCUCGGGGGCGAGGCAGGCGCCGCCGAAGCAGCAGCCGCAGUGUGAGUGCGGACGGCCAGGCAGAGGAGACGCGAGGCGACGCGUCCGCCGAGAGAGAGAAAGCGACGCCGGAAGAACGUGUGCAAACGGGACGAGAGAGAAGACGGCCGUCGAACGAUCUCCAGGUGGACCGGGGCGAGCGGAGCCGACGGGGGAGGGUGCUCGAAAGGGAGAGUGGACGGCGCGAGGACAAACAGGAUCGAGACCCACCCGAGGGAGGCCGAGCCGACGCUGUCCAGAGCGGUCGCGGUCUUUUGGGCCCGACCCGGUCCUCUUCCGUUUCUUGUGCCUUUGCCUCUUCGGGGAGUGCCUCGUCUGCGAGUCUGAAGAGCGACGCAAAGAAGCCUCGAGCGUCCGAGUCCCGUGUCUCCUCGCGUUUGACUUGUGUCUCGUCUCUCUCGCCCCUGCGACCGGAGUUGGCCUCGCCACGCCGUUCGCCGACACGCCGAGCCUCGUGUUCUUCAGAGUCGAGUCUGUCUCUCUCCUUCCCUCUGUCCUGUGCACCUGCGCUCGCGAGGGCCUCCCCCCCGAGAGUCUCGGGAGCCUGGAGCGUCCCGCUGGCUGAAGUCAUGUCUCCGUCGUCUCCGCCUCGCGUGCCAGGGGCGUUCCGCUCGCCUUGUCCCGUUUUGUCUCCGCCGCCUUCUCUCUCGUCGUGUUCCUCUCCUCGGUCUGCUUCCCGCGAAAAAGAACGAGUCGAGAGAACCCCGGAACCUGCCACACCGUUUGGCUCUCCCUCCACGCUUCCUCUUCGUCGAUCUCCCCGUCUCUUCGCCUCUUCUUCUCAGUUGCCGUUUCAGUCCCCGUCGUCUCCCUCUCCACAAGCCGCUGCUUCGCCCCGUCGCGCUUCGCUGCUCGGCGCUCAGCGACCUGCAGGCUCAGCGGCGUCGGUCUCGACGUCUCCGAGACCGACGCCAGGCCGCGCGAUUGUCUCUUCUUCGCCAAAGAAGGAAGAAGCAGCAGCCGCCCCUGCGCACGAAAAGACGCAAACUGCUCGGGUUCAGGGAACAGAGGCGAGCCGAGGCAGAGCCUUGCCGAAGAAGCGACCGUGCGGCGGAGGUUCCAAGACGAAAGGGAAAGAAGGAAGCCGCGGCAAGGAAAAAACCAAGGACCAGACGAAAGAAACGGAACCGAACAACGCGUCUGUGUCCUCCUGUUCCUCCUUCCGGAGCGCGCUUUCUGGAUCGCCUCAGACCGACACCGGCGAAAAGGAGAAUCGCGCGACGAAAAAACUCCGAACCGUUCUCUCUCCUGCCACAGCGACUGCUUCCCCUUGUCAAGAUCGUUCGUCUGUCUCUGGGAGGCGACCAGCUCCGAAACGCCACGCAGGGAUGCCGUUGUCGGCAGUGUCGCCUGCUGAUUCUGUGCCGCCUCGGGCGUUGCGUUCUGCACAUUUGCAGGCGCGACGCCACGAUCGCAAUCCUUCCAGUUCGCGUUUUUCACGUCCUCUGGCAACUCGGGUUCGCGCAGGCGCCGCCAACUCGACCCGCGGGAAAGAGGGCUUGAGUGGGAGAGGGGCGAAGGAAGGGGGCCAACAGAGCGUGUCCGUGAGACACCCGGUCAGCAGGAGCUCGGAGGGAGACAAGGCACAGAUUGAGGGCGGAGACCGGGUGACAGGCGAGGAAGAAUGCCUCUCUAACGGGGAGGCGGAGGAAGAGCCGGCGGCGAAGGAAAAGCCCGCAGAGACCCCGCCGGCUGGGCAGUCUCUUCCGAGUGCAGCGGAAUCUCGCGAUACCUCGCUUUCGUCGUGCGAUGCGGUCUCCGGAAUUGGCGAGAAGGAGAACGCGACGGGCAGUGAAGGACAAGCCCCGCGGGAGGAAGGCCGAGAGGUAGGCAAGAAGCAGGCACCGGCGGUACGGUCCGAACGCUCCCGAGGCGUCUCUGGAACGCACGCAGCAGCGGAAGCGAAGGAAGAGGAGAAGGGCGAAGGUCUCGAAAACGCUGCAGUUGGAGAGAGGAAGAGCCCGAAGCAAGAAAAGGAGUCGUCUGCUGUUUCGGCCCCUCGAGGCUCGUCGGAGUCGGAGCGAGGUGGUCCCUCGCCGCGUCAACCACGGCGCCCGUUGACUGCGUCGACGCUCUCUUCCCUGGGCUUGCUGUCUGGGGUGUCUUGCUUUGCCUCGCCCUUUCGGCGGCGCGCCUCCUCCGAUGCCUCGACAGAGCGCUCGUUCCUCUCGGCGUCGCCUGCGUCGCAUCUCUCUGCCUCGCGUCCUCGAGCCUCCUCGGAGGCCUCCCUCGACGCCCGCUCCGUCAGUGCGCGCAGCAGCUGUCUCUCUUCGGCGCCCUCGCUUCUGCGGAGCCCUCGGUUCUCGGCGUCGUCUGCAGCGAGUGCGCACGCAGGCCAGGGCGGCGCGGCCGGCGGCUCCAGAGAAACGCCCGUUGUCUUUGAGUGGGAAAAGAAGCGCGCCGAGGAGGAAGCGAAACAUGCACGAGACCUCCAGCAAGCGCUCGACGACGAUCUGGAAGCUCAGGUGGAACGCAUGCGGCAAUCGCGGGGCGCAGGCGGCAGGGUGGGAGGGAGUGAUGGCCCCGAAGGCGACGAUGCCUCGAGGAAGGAAAGGAAGCGGAAGAGAGACGACAGUGACGAUGCAGAGAUCGCCUCAAGACGCGCGGACCUCUCGAUGGACACGCCGAGUUUCCUCGCUCUUGACCCGUUUCUCGUGGACGAGGCGGAUGAGAAACUUCUGACUACGCAGCAGCUGCGCACGUACCUGUCCACCAUCAUCACCGGCGACCUCCACGGGAAGUCGCGAGAGGCGCUGCUGUACAUGGCGAAGGCGUGGAGUCUUCAAACCCACACGUCGACCGGUGUUCCGAGUUCCCGAAUGAACUUUGCGAAUGUCGGCGAGCGCUUCGUCCCUCAAGCGGCACGACGGUUCCAAGGCAAGGUACUGCCGAAGGAGAGGCGACGGCAUUCCAUUCUUCGGAGCAGCAGCAGCGCGUUGCUCGACGGAAGACAAGGCGACAACCAAGAGAGACUGAAGCGACGCAGGAUAUCGUUUUCGCCUUUCAAUAAAGUGCAAUUGUACACGCUCGACGAGACGGAGAGGCAAAGCAAAGAAGAGGCUGCGCAGAGGUCUUUCCAGAACGAACAGCAACAGCUGAUGAUUCUGGAGAGGCAGCGAGAGAACGCGCUUGCGUCGUUCUCGCCUUUCUCUUCCUCGUCUUCCCGAUUCGACGUAUACGCCGAGAGUGACGAGGGAACGACGGAGCGACAAGACGAGGACGAAGAGAAGGAGAAUCAGGGCGGCAACGACGCAGCCGCUCAGGCAUUUUGUCCCUUUCCGCAGUCGGCAGAGUUCUCGACGCCUCCACCGCCGGCUCAGAAACCGCAUGCGGCAAGCUGGGGCGUCUCGGCGUCUACUCCCCCCUAUUCCUCUGGUAUCUCCGGCGACUUCUUCUCUUUCUCCUCUCGUCAGGAGGCGCCUCUGGCUGGGCCCCGACUCGGGGACGCGCCGUCUCCAGGCGCUUCGCUCUCGCACCCUCUCAACUCGCCUGGGAAGAGCAAGCAGCCGAUGCCUCCCGGCGUAAAGGACUCCGGCAAAGUCGACUGGAGAAGAAACGAAGACAGCCCAUUCUCUUCCGCCGUCGCGACCCAAAGCAAGUUGCCGUUCACAACCUCUCCGUCGUUCAAGCUCCUUCACGGCUCAGAUCCUUCAGCUGUCUCUGGAGGCUCCGCGACUUCCCUGGCGUCGUCCGUCUCGCCCUGUGCGUCUUCGUGCCCCGGAGCUUUCUCAAGGCAUGAGAGGUCGAGCGUAUUUGGGAAGCCAACAUUUCCGUCGAGGGGAGUCGUCUCAACCGUCCCCUCAUUCAAGGCGUUUCGGGACGCGCACUUGCGAAACCAGCAACAGGCGCCCUCGGUGCGCAUGCAGAAGCCGUCGGCCUCCGCAGCGUCUUCGCCCUUUGCGGGUCUCGGUGGGCUCGGAGCCUCGCCCGGCCGCGUGGAGACAAAGGCGAUUUCGGAGAAGAGAAACGGGAGAGAAAGUUCCCUGCAGACGCAGGCGUCGCGCGCCGCCUCGAGCGCGCUUGCGGGGGGUGGGCGGCUUUCGGCCUUCUCCGGUUCUCACCUUCCCAAGGCAGCUGGAAACGAGAAGGGGGGGUGUACGUACACCGGAAGCGAGAACGUGGACGGCGACGAGAACCGCGAGAACGGAAUGGUGAAUGGCAGCCGCAACAAAGCGUUGGAGCAGACCGACGCGGGUGUGGGGCGAGCGAGCGAAAAGGGGGGGGAACGAAACGGUUUCGAUAAGCUCGCAGGAACAGAUCACGGCUCUGUGCGAAGAGGAAACGAAGCGCCUGUGCAAUUCUACAUCAGUCCCCUGGGCCAGCGAGUCUACCGCCGCGGAUCUCUCGUCUCCCCUGCGGCCGUCUCGGGAUUUCAAGGCUUUUAA